UGUUAUCAAUUGUUAUUGAGGAUUUAUUCAUUAGUUUGAGGAUGGAGCAAGGUUGAAGAGAUACGUGAUGCCACAAACUGAUAAAUACAAGGCGAUCUACCCCUAUACGCCUAGCAAUGAGGGGGAGAUUCAACUACAAGUUGAAGACAUCAUUACAGACAUAAAAGAACUGAACAAUGGAUGGGCGAUUGGGAAUAACCUUACAACAAAGUCAACAGGGAUAUUUCCGAUGCAAUAUCUUGAGCGACUUCCUGAUACAGGGAGUAUCAUUUCAGGGUCAGCACGCAGUAGCCCGACCCCAAGUGGAGUCUCAAGUAUUCACACCCCAAAGGUGUCUAAAAACAACGUAGAAAGAUUACCCAUGCAUCAAAAUGGUAGCGUGCGAUCGGGGAAACCUUUGCAACAUAGGGAAAGUAUACUGAGUCAUGCGUCAAACAUCAGUGUUGAUUCUUGGGUGGAGAGUAGCGGCGAUGAAAAAGAUGGCGUCACUAAUGAUGUGAUGUCAACAAACGGGAGUAAAAGGAACUCGAGGAAACGUCCACAGCUUGCGGUAAAACCAAACAUACUUAGAACCGAAUCAAUGAAUAGUAACAUGACAACACCGGUGCUACCAGCGAGAGCAUCAAAUAUCAACACUCUUCCCUCUGCGGAUGCAAAAGCCGUAUCUGAAGCUGGUGAUAUUUCAAGUGUGGAGAAUGAACUUUACACUAUUGAUGAUAUUAAUGAUGAGCUUUAUGCUACAGCAACCUACCCUAAUGGCAACACCCCCAAAGAUGCGCUUAGUAUCAAUGGACCUUCGGAAUAUCAAAACAGUGAUGAUAUGGUCAAAAAAGGAAAUAAGAAAGAAACAAAAUCUAAACUUGGUAAUAUCUUCAAGCGGAGAUCCAAACCAAGCACAGAAGAUGCUAACGGGAACAUGGAAAUUUCAAUGCUAGACAUUAACAAAAGUCAGGAAGCUCUUACAAAGCCUGAGAAGAAACAAACAAAAUUGAGAAAAAACCUAAUAAAGGUGCUUCACGUCACACUGAUGACAAGUGCAGGAGUGCUUCUAAGCUUGUUCCUCUUCCUUUGGAUGUAUUUUGGCUUGGAUUAUGGAUGGCUACCAGCUUUAGUGACAUCCCUAUUGGUUGCUAUACCCUUAGCAACAGGCCUUGUAUUGUGCGUAUACUGCAAAUGCACAUUCGCCUUAUUCUUCCCAAGUCUAUGUACAUUGCGUUCGAUUUGCGCUAUUUUAUGCAUAAUCACAGGUAUUAUCCUUAGUGGACCAAUCAUGAACAUUGUACAGAAUCAUCACCUAGCAACCAUGUGUGUCCACCAAUUAGAGCAUGCGAAUGGGCAGCUCCAUAGCCACCAUGCAGAGGUAUAUGCUGAUCAGGCAUCACAGAUUGAGUUAAUGCUGCAAGGCAAUCUGAACAACACAAUGCAGAGAUUGGAGCACACCGUGGGGACACUCAUAUCUGUGAACAACACUGUUGCUCAAUGGUUCCAACAAGCUGUGUUGAAUCCUGCGACAACUAGCCAAGCUCACACAAGGUGUUCUCAAUUGUUGAAAACAGCAGCCAGUCAGUGUUCAUGGGGGAUUAAAGUGGCAACGUCGUCAUGUGAGAGAGCAGUGAUGUCACUACAAGAAAAACUCAUCACAUCAAGCAUCCUAUUUGCUUGUAAUGCAGCUAAUAAAAGCCUUCUUGGCCAAGUCAGAAAGAAGUUGAGUCUAACUGCCAAAGACAUCUGUAGUCCUAUCACCACGGUAACAGAUUGUAAUGUUCUGCUAGAGCCUGAUGAGAUUUGCACAGAAUUUGAUAGCGUAGAAGCCGUGUUAGCAAGAACGAUUGAUUCAUUGGGGAAUACAUCAUACUUACUGCGUCAUUAUUUCAAGAUAGAGCAGACGGCCCCACAAGGAACAACAGCCCAUGUUUCAAAACAUGUAGCCCCCACAUAUACCAACCCAGAAGAUGCUGCCACCUUUACAGAUAAUAUUGUACUAGCACUGGACAUAAUCACCAAGCUACUGUCUCUUGUUAUAAUAGUCCUGGUUUAUGAUGCCUAUGAAUACAUGAUAAGUUAUCUAAGUAAGCCAUACUUUGAUAACAAAUAUAUCAUGAAAGAAUUCAAGUCACUUGACAGAAAAAUGGAUGGCGAAGGAAAAGCCGUAGUUCUGCCUUUUACUGCGAGGGAAAAUAAAACCAACAUUGAUCCUAAUACACGUAAAUAUUUCAUUCCAUCAAUAAGGAAUCUUAUGAUUGGACUAGCGAUUAUUUCUCUUCAUGCUCUGAUUGCGAUCACAGCUUUUAUUUUUGAUCAUGUGUAUUACAUGUCGUUUAUCCAUUUGGAAGAUGUGUCGCCUAAUAUGCAAGAAAGUACAACUGAUGGAAUAGCCAUUGCCCAAAGUAUGGAUAACACUGCAAUUAAUUCAACAGAGGGAGGCAUAGUGGUUGAUGGAAGAGCACUGUGGUGUAACGAAUUGAUUCCAGGAGGGGAGAAGAAUCUGACGCUUGUAACAAUCUCAUAUGUGAUCCUUGUUAUUGCUUUGCUUAUUCAAGGCUAUGCUAUAUUACUAAAACAAAUCAUUAUGGCGUAUUUUUUCCCGAAGGUAGCCGAAGAUCGGGCAAGCUUCCUUUUCCAAGAUAUCCUUACCAAGCGAAGUGAAUAUCGUGCCACUCUCAGACACACCGUGCACAAUAACUGUGCACAAGCGAACAUGCAAGAUAAAGUGAAAAUCGGGGACAUCUUAGCACGGAAAGUCACAUGCAUUCGUAUCUUACUAAGAAAAUU